UCAAUGUAUAAUUGCGGGUUGAAACAGAGUCGAAACUGUGAAACCGAUUUUCAUACCUCUCUCGUAUCUUCUCCCGAGUCCCCACUGCGGAAACCCAAGCCACUGCCGUUCUCCGUCGACGUUCGCCGUUACGGUUUGCUUCCAUUUCUGCUUCCCUGGCCCAGGUGGAGUGGGAGGAGGAAGGAGCAUCAUUCAAAAGGUUCCAGGGAACCGGAGGCAGAGAGAGAGAAGGGCUUUUCAAGCAGCGGGGAAAAAAAUGAUUGCGGGCCAAGUCAGGUCGGACCAAAAAAAUGAUUGGGUGGGCCAAUGUGCAGGCCUAGGUUCCAGGAACACAGAAUGUUGCUGAGGCGACCUUUUCUAGGAACCUGGAAGCACAGUCAAUGGAAGAAAAUCUUCCAGCCUUUCACAACGCUUUAUCAACCUCUGCAAGCCACUCACGAUCACAUAGUCUCCACCAACAUUUCUAUAGCCCAGCUCUGCAAGAUUGGGCAACUUGACAUUGCACGCAAAAUGUUUGAUGAGAUGCCCGAACGAACUGUUGUGUCUUGGAACACCCUGAUUUCUGGUUACUCCAAAUGGGGAAAAUACGAUGAAGCCCUAAAACUAACUUCAAUCAUGCACCACAGCACUAUAAAGCUAAAUGAGACUACUUUUUCCUCUAUACUAAGUGUGUGCGCGCGUUCGAGUUUGCUAUACGAGGGAAAAGAGCUUCAUUGUUUGGUUUUGAAAUCUAGGUCUGAAAGAUUUGAGUUUGUGGGUAGCUCAUUGUUGUACUUCUAUGCGAGCUGUAGUAAGAUUGAAGAAGCUAAGCGGGUGUUUGACGAGUUCCAUGAUGAAAAUGACUUGCUGUGGAGUUUGAUGCUUGUAGGUUAUGUGCAAUGUAACUUAAUGAGUGAAGCUAUGGAAGUUUUUAAAAAUAUGCCAUCCCGAGAUGUUGUGGCAUGGACUACGUUGAUUUCUGGAUUUGUGAGGAGUGAGGAUGGGUGUGAAAGGGCUUUGGAGAUGUUUCGGAGGAUGAGAAGGAAUUGUGAGGUAAUGCCAAAUGAGUUUACUUUGGAUUGCAUUUUAAGGGCUUGUGGAAGAUUGGGUAGCCUAAGCGGAGGGAGGACUGUCCACGGACUUUUGAUCAAAUAUGGAUUUGAGUUUGAUCACUCGAUUGGUGGUGCAUUGAUUGAAUUGUAUUGUGAAUGUGAGGCUAUUGAGGAUGCCAAGAUAGUGUAUGAUAGAAUGGGAAAUCCUUGUUUAAAUGCUUCAAAUUCACUUAUUGGCGGACUUAUAUUGAUGGGUAGGAUUAAAGAUGCUGAACUUAUUUUUAAUGGACUGCUUGAAAAAAAUCCAGUCUCAUGUAAUUUGAUGAUUAAAGGUUAUGCAAUGAGCGGUCAAGUCAAGGAAUCAGAGAGGAUUUUUAAUAGCAUGACCCAAAAAACUAUAAUUUCUUUGAAUACUAUGAUUUCUGUGUAUUCCAGGAAGGGUGAACUUGAUAAAGCUUUGAGGCUAUUUGAAGAAACCAAAGGGGAAAGAAAUCCAGUGACAUGGAAUUCAAUGAUGUCGGGUUAUAUUCAAAAUCAUCACCAUGAAGAGGCUUUCAAACUAUAUGUGACCAUGCACAGAUUAUCAAUAAACUCUACUAGAUCGACAUUCUCUACUCUAUUUCAUGCUUGUACAUGCCUUGGAUCUCUUCAACUAGGACAAUUACUUCAUGCCCACCUGAUCAAAACACCAUUUGAAUCAAAUGCUUAUGUUGGAACAUCUCUUAUAGAUAUGUACUCCAGAUGUGGGAGCAUCCCUGAUGCUCAAAAAUCAUUUAGUGGUAUCUCUUCACCCAAUGUGGCAGCUUGGACAGCUCUUAUUAAUGGGUUUGCACAUCAUGGAAUUGGCUGCAAAGCAAUUUUACUAUUUGAGGAUAUGUUAAAGCAAGGAGUUUUUCCUAAUGGAGCUACCUUUGUGGGGAUUUUGUCUGCGUGUGGUCGUGCUGGUCUAGUUGAUGAAGGGAUGCGAAUUUUCUAUUCAAUGCAAAAAUGUUACGGAGUAACCCCUGAUUUAGAACACUACACAUGUGUGGUAGAUCUUCUUGGUCGUUCAGGCCAUCUGCAACAAGCUCAAGAGUUUAUAAAAAAUAUGCCUAUUGAACCAGAUGGGGUUGUCUGGGGAGCUUUGCUGAGUGCCUGUUGGUUGUGGAUGGACAUAGAGUUGAGUGGGAGAGUGGCUGAGAAAGUGUUCAGUUUGGAUCCCAAGCCAAUAUCUGCUUAUGUUAUUCUAUCUAACAUCUAUUCUAUUUUGGGGAAAUGGGGGGAGAAGUCAAGUGUGAGGAAGAGAUUAAGGGGCUUAGGCAUAAAAAAGGCUCCUGGUUGUAGUUGGAUUGAGCUGGACAGUAGAGUUCAUGUGUUCUUUGUAGAAGAUAGAACCCAUCCUCAUUGCCAUGAUAUUUAUACAACUUUGCAACAUCUAACAUCCAAUAGUGGAGGCUGUUUACUUUAAAGCAACAUACUCAUUGAAGAUCUCACUUCAGUUGUCAUUUUUCUUUCUUGUUAAUUUUUUUUCUCUCCAUACACCCUCUUGGCUUUGGUUUUAUUUCUAGAUUUUGGUAUGCUAACAAAUUAGAUAGAGUUUUUAAAAAAUAAUUGAUCUGAAAUUAUCGGUUUAGGUUAUCUUCCUCCAUAUGGAUGAUUCACAUAUUUGUUACAGUUUAUCAUAACAGUAUUAUCUCUUUACAUCUAUACUAUAGGUAGAUGCAGUUCUGGGAAAUAUCCUGUGUUUUUGUUAUUUGCCACAAACAUUGUUUUGUUUAGGGUUAAGCUCACUGUAGCAAAUCUCUGCAAGUAUUGACUUGGGUAGGUAUAGGCUUUAACCUGUUUAAAAUGGUUCUGAUUGUGUUUGCAAAUAUAGUCAUAUUCCUUUUCCUUCGGUUGAGCAUUAUGAACAGGUUUGUGAAUGGGCUCAACUUGUGUUACAUAUUCUUCAACGCUGGCCCAUACACCGUGGUGACAGAAUAUUCCAAAUGGAACCUUCAAUAUGUCUUUUUUUUUUUUUUUCACUUUCCAAUUGCAUGGUGGUCAAUCAUCAUGCAUGCUGGAUGAUUGUUGGAAACCACCCAAGUGAAGUCAAUAAUUGCCGCUCAUGUGUAGCUCAGCUCUCUCACCCCAUUGCACCGAAUAUUGAUUCCAUGUAAGCUUCCAUGUGCACCGAAUGCACAUGAGCACUGCACCUUUACAUGGCCACCAAAUGCACCGAAAGGCUACUCCUCCUUUUCAGCAUCAAAAUCUGCUGAAUUCUUGCACCCAUUUGUGCUGCAUUGCUGCAAGCCUCUCCUAUUAUACGAGAGGUUUGCUGAAGAAUAAAUCAUCCUCACAUUGGUGAGUGAUCAAGGGCAGAGAGCGAAAUGUAGGGACUGGGGAAACCCAGUACAGAGGGCCAUUUGAGAGAUAGAGAGGUUGUUAUGAGUGUUUGUAAUUUUGUACAAACAUAUUGAAAAUCGAAGUUUCCGCUCCAGUGGACGUAGGUAAAUUGUCGAACCACUUAAAUAUUGUUUCUAUCCUGUAUAUGUGUGUGUUUCUAGGCGGUCCUGGGCACAACAGUUCUAUUAUUCAUUAAAAGUUCUUUAUCAUUUUCACGGCUAUGAUUUGAUGAUGGAAGAACUAACAUUGUUUUUUCACUUCUGUGAGAUGUACUUCUGGUCAUCAUCAUACCAACAUGCAGGAAUUGAGCUGGUUUUUAUAUUUCAAUGGAUGCCAAGAGGUUCAUCCAAUUGGUCGAGGAGAAAAAGAAGAGAGCUGUGGAAAAGAAAGAGGCCCCUUUGAAAUGGGAACAGAAGCUUGAAGCUGCUGCAGAGGCAAAGUCUGAUGCUGAAGCCAAGGAGCGGAAGCUGAAGGCUGCAAAGCAUAAAAGAAAAUCUGUGUCCCAUUCCGAUAGUGACAGUGAUGGUGACAGCAGUGAUGGGGGAAGAAAAUCAAAUAAUAGAGCCCACAAGAGGCACAGAAAGUAUUCCCACUCUAACUGGGGCAGUGACAAUGAAAAGUGCAAGGAGAAGAAAUCCAAGAAAAAGUCUAGGAGGCAAUCCUAUAGUUCAAAUGAUGACAGCGAUGAUGAGUAUGAGAGGUACUCUGAUGAAUAAAGGAAGAGAAAGAAGCGAAACCACAGAAGGCGCCGGCAUCACAAUUCAAGAUCUGAUUCUAGUGCUGAUGGCUCUUCAAGUGAUGAUGAUGAUGAUGAUGAUCCAAUAAAGAGGAGAGGCUAUGCUAAGUGUCACAAACACCAUAGGCUACUGGGAUCUAGUGGUUCAGAUUUUCAUAGUGAGACAUGAUGGAACAAUUCAAAGGAGAAGUCAUCCAAAGCUCCACAAUCGCCAUCACCAGUUGGAGUGUAGUGCUUCAGAUUCUUCAAGUGAUGAGGAAAAUGGUGUAGUUAGGAGGAAAAUCCAUGUGAAGCACCAUAAACAUCAUAGACGAUCGCAUAGGGUGGGGUCAAAGUCAUCUGAUUCAGAUGGCCACAGACGCCAUCAAAGGAGUGAAUCUAUAGGAAAGUCAUCAGAUGACAAUCAUGAAGAAGCUAAAGACCAACGGACAAGAUUUUUGGCCAUCACCACCACAAGCAUUGACACCAUCACUCAUUAUGAUGAUAGAAACCGUUGGCUCAAAGCAGAACAUGAUUGGAAGGGUACAGAGGAUGCGGAGCAACAUUGGGAACAAAAAUUGCUGCUCACGAUGGUGACAAGUAGGGUGACUUUUUGUGUAUGAGUUGAUUAAUAUGCCACAUUAAUUCUUAUUAGCUUUAUAUUGUGGCUCGAGCGGUUGAGUUGUUGAAACGUUAAUGCGGACAGAUUGGGUUUGAUUUGUACUCGAAAUAAGGCUCUUAUUCGGACUUGGUUAGUAAUUCAAGAUCCCUAACCUAUUGUUAAACCA